AAAUGUUCAAUGCUUCACAAAAUUUUGUUUCAAUGGACUUAGACAGUGUGGGCUGAUUGAAUAUAAAUUGUUUAAUCAAAUUUCACUCAGUCAAUCCUUUCAAUCGAGUUAAUCAAUCGUCAACACAAACAGACAAGAACAAACAUUUUGUACGCAACAAUCAGAACAAAAAUUGUUCAAAUUCAAUGUCGACUUGAAAGAUUGUUUAAAGAAAAGGUUCAAUAAAUUACUCGAAAUCACCAUGAAAUCUGAAUUGGAUCUUGAAGAUUUAAAAGAACGAUAUAUUCGACGUUUACAACAUUCGUUACUUCGUUCUUUUCUCUUCAUCGUUAUCAUUUACGGAAUAAUUUACUUUCUCAAUACACUCAUCUUAUCCAAACAAGAUUUAUUUGAUCAUCACAUAAAAUCAAUCACAGUUUUGAUUGCUCUUGUUUCCCUUGUGGCCAUCUACAUAAUAAUAUUUCCUCAAGAGAUUCAAUCCAGAUUUGCUCAAUGCAUGAUAACCCUUACCUCUUGGAUAUUUGCUACAUUAAUUAUCACGGAUACACUUGACUAUGGAUUAAAUCGUGAUCUAACCUCAACCCUGGCAGCCUUUUUUGCCAUCUUUAGUUCACAAACAAUGUUACCCUUUUCCCUGAGAAGUUCAAUAUUCUGUGGAAUACUUGUCAUUCUCUGUCAAUCACUUCUGGAUAUAUUUGUUUUUAUCGAGAUUUUCAAAUGGAGAAAGAUGUUGUCCGAUGGCCUUUUGCUACUUGUCGGCCUUCUUGGUGGCAUUUACCACAAUCGAUUGACUCAGUACAUCUACGAGCGGACCUUUGCCGGUGCAAGUGGAGUCAUUGAUGCACGAAUCAAACUUGAAUAUGAAAAAGAGCAACAGGUUAAUUUGAUUUUCAUUUUUCAUCCAAAUCCAAGCAAAAACAGAAAUCGAAAAAGUUUCCAUCAAAAUUGCAAACCAAUUUCAGAAAAUUUGAAGCAAAAAUUUCGAUUCAAUUGAACCUUUAACUUGAACAGUUUGAGCAAUUUAAUGAGUUUCAUGGUUCAUCAGUAUUUCACUUGACAGGAAACUUCACACUAUUAUAUUCAAAUCAAUGGCUACAAUUGAAACAAUGAAUAAUGAAACAAAUGAAUCUGUUUAGUGUAAAUGAAAAUGCUAAUCAAUAUUCAAGUCUAAUCAUCUUAUUGUAAUGUUCAUUGAGAGUCUUUCCUGUUCAAUAUUUGAACCGAAAAGGCCGAUUGAAACAUCAAUCAUGUUUGAAUUGAAUUGAAAUAUUGAUGAUGAAAGCUCCUGAGGUGAUGAAACAAUCACAAAAUAAUUGCAAGCAAUUAAAAGAUUUCAGGAUUCAUCUGAUAAUCAGUUUGAAGAAAACUUUAAACUUGCACUUUGGGUAAACAUUGAAAUGGUUGUUCAAUGUUCAUAUCAUGUUACAUGAACUGGG